AUGGGGGAGAAAGACGGGAGAGGGGGAGAGAAUGAGAGAUGGAGUGAGAAAGACGGAGAGGGGGAGAGAAAAGGAGAGAUGGGGGAGAAAGAUAAGAGAGCAGUUAAUGAGCACUGGCUUCCUGUCUUGCUAGCCUGUAUUUUGAAUGAUCAUGGCUACGGGUGAAUCAGAUCCUUGGUGUUGGUCUGUCUCCUGUGUGUAUACUGUAUCUGUUUUGUUGUUUCUGAUUGACUUGACAGGAGAACUUCUCAUUGGCCACCGCCAGCAGGACGGAAGUCAAGCACAGCCAAUCCUCUUUCUCUGCUGCAGAGAGGGCGGGUGCUUAGCGGUGAUGACUCAGCAGAGCUGAUUGGCUUAGGGUUAGGACUUGGGGCUGGACUUCCUCUCAGCGUCACCAAGCGUGACCACUCUCACAGAAGACACUCCCACCUGGACUUCGCUGAAGAGGACAAUCAGCCAAUCAGAGAAGAGCUAACUGGCGGGGAAUCUCCGGAACGCUCAGAUGACAUCAUCAAAAGUAGAGUUCCAUAACACCGACCGUCCCCUGCCCCCUGACCGCUUGUCUGAUUCUUUUUGGCUGAUGGCUGUAGCUCAGCCCCUGCAGCAGCGGGCGGGAGACCCCACGGCCUGGACCCUCUCAGACUUCUAUGACUACAUGUCCCCCGACGACAACAUUUCUGCCAUAGAAAUGACCCUUGACCCUGAGCCAACCCUGAACCCUCCAGCAGACAUUGAGGAUGAAAAACCCAUCGCUCACUGGCCACCACUGUUACCCCCGGCAAUGACGACCCCCAGCCCCCAUCUCAGUCUCAAACCCCCCCCACCUCCUUCCCUUCUCAGGGGUCAGAUGGGUGUGGUCGGGCUUUGUGAGGUCAGAGGUCGGAGGUGAGUGUGUGUCUCAGUGUGAUGCACAGCCUGACUUCUGCUACAACAGAGGAGUGUGUGCCAUCGAUACGGGGAUAGGAGCAUUCUGCAGGUAAUUUAACACAAUCCUCAGUGGGAGGAGUUACAAAUCUCUUCCUUAGAGUUACAGUACGUGUGUGUAUUGGUUGGAGGGGGUGGGGGGGGGGGGGGGGGGGCACGCUUAGUUUGUACACUACAGAACAAUAUACAGCUGGUGUCUUUCUAACAAAGGACAGAAUAUAGGACAGAUAGACCACAGAGUUAGAAUUCUAGAUACCCCACUGACCAGCCUGGUCUCAUAGACUAGACGUAACAUAGUAAAUGUAAAUCCGGAUGUUACGUUUGGUAUGGUUACAUAAGACAGAAGGUUACUUAAGGCAAAAACGAAAAUAGGGUGAUUGGUCGGGGUGGAUGGUUGGACAACGUUAGCAUUUUAGCUAAUUAGCAACUACAUAGCUUGUUAGCUAACCCUAACCUUAACCCUUUAAUCUAACUCCUAACCUUAACCCUUAACCCCUAACCCUAAUCCCUAGCCUGGCUAAUGUUAGCCACCUAGCUAAUGUUACCGUUACCCACCUAGCCAACUGCCAAAUUCUCUAAAAUGACGUUGGAGGAGGCUUAUGGUAGAGAAAUGAACAUUAAGUUAUCUGGCAACAGCUCUGGUGGACAUUCUUGCAGUCAACUGCACGCUCCCUCAAAACUUGAGACAUCUGUGGCAUUGUGUUGUGUGACAAAAACUGCACAUUUUAGAGUGGCUUUUUAUUGUCCUCAGCAAAAGGUGUUACAAGCGCCGUGCUCUACCAGCUGAGCUACAGGUGCUAAGGUGCUACAAGGUGCACUGUGUAAGAUCAUGCUGUUUAAUCAACUUCUUGAUAUGCCCACACCUUGUCAGGUGGCAUGGAUUAUCUUGGCAAAUUAGAAAUGCUCACUAACAGGGAUGUAAACAAAUUUGUGCACAACAUUUUAGAGAAAAACUUUAGUGCAUAUAGAAAUUUCUGGAAUCUUUUUAUUUCAGCUCAUGAAACAUGGAACCAACACUUUACAUGUUGCGUUUAUAUUUUGUUCAGUAUAAAUGCAGAUAGUGAGGCAGUUUGUUCUACUGCUGUCUGUCUAUUUAUUUUAAAGAUUCCCUCCUCCUCUCUCUAUCCCUCCUUCCCCAUCUCUUCCUCUUCUAUCCCCCUCUUCACCCCCCUUACUGUACCCCCGCCUUUCCUCUCUCUCUAUCCAUCCUCCUUCUCUCUUUCCUCAUCCCUCCUCUCUCGCUCUAUCCCCGCUUUCCUCUCUCUAUCCCGCUCCUCUCUCUCUUCCUCUCUUUAUCCCCUCCUCACUCUCUCUUCCUGUCUCUAUCUCCUUCUCGCUCCGUCUCUUUCUCUCUCCCUAUCCUCUCUCAUUUUGAAACUUUCUCCCUCCUUUCUCCCCUAGGUGUAAUGCUCAGGACAUAUAUGUGGAAUAAGGGCUCUCGUUGUGAUUGGGUGGGUGACAGUCUUCCAGGUGCUGUGUGUGGUAGUGGGCGUGGCCUCUCGACCCUCAUCCUACUCAUCAUCAUCAUUGUUUCUUCGCCAAGCCGACUCCACGCUUCAGGACUUUGAGAACAGGCGACUCCGCAAACGCAGGUCAUUUGUGUUGUGUUCGUGUGUGUAUGUUAGAGAGAGACCUCUUUAUUAACGAUCGUGGAGAUGGACUCAUAUUUGAGAGUGUAAAUGGCUGUGUGCAUGCCACGUUUGUCACAUCAUGAAAAUCCAUCUCUCCCCUAACCCUCUUUUUUCCCCCACACCUCUCUCCUCUCCUCCCUCCAAUCCCUCUCUCUCUCUCCUACCUCCCUCCAGUCUAUACCGUCCACAAAGCGAGAUGCAGACGGAUGGCUUCUCUGUUUCCAUGGCGCCAGACAGUUCCCAUGCCAACGUAAGGAAGAUGUGUGACCCCCCCCCCCCCCAACCAACCCCAACCCCAACCCCACGCUCACAACCUGGCUUACUAUGAGAACAUUAUCUGUCAGAUAACUAACCCCUGACCCCUAACCCCUAACCCCUCAACCCCUAACCUUAAGCCCUAACUCUGGCUAGCUGUGUGUCAGUCUGUCUCUGUCCAUUAGUCUGUUUGUCUGUAAAAUCAGCCUGGUCUCAUAGACUAGACGUAACAUAGUAAAUGUAAAUCCGGGAACACUCAAAUGAGUAUGAUACGUUAUGUUUGGUAUGAUUACAUAAGACAGAAGGUUACUUAAGGCAAAAACCAAAGUAGGGUGGUUGCUCUGGGUGGAUGGGUAGAUGUAUAACGCGAAUGUCUAGCAACCCAAAGGUUGUUUGUGGACAACUUUAGCAUUUUUGCUAAUUAGCAACUUUGCAACUACUUACUACUUUGCAACUACUUAGCAUGUUAGUUAACCUUUCUCCUAACCCUUUAACCUAACUCCUAACCUUAACCUUAACCCCAACCCAGCUAACGUUAGCCACCUAGCUAACGUUAGCCACAACAAAUUGGAAUUCGUAACAUACUAUAUGUUUUGCAAAUUUGUAAUGUCUCCUACAUCUGCUGUUUCCAUCACACAUUUGUUUGUUUGUUGCGACAUUGCUUUUGUCGAAUAAACCUGGGUCAAUGGAAACCUGCCUAUUGUUUCAACUGGGGCCCUGAGUUUCCCGUGCCAAUGAGUUCCCGUGUAUUUGAGUUCCGUAUUUCAGCCCCUUUGCAGUUAGCCUACUUUUUGAAGCGAUUUGUUUGACAAUCAGAUGAAAACAUGACUGGUUGUGUUCAUGCCACAUUAAGGUAAUACAUUUUUUACCUUUAAAAUACAUGUCUUUACUUAAGCCGAUAAAAAAAUCAAAGUCUUGUGAAAGAAAAUGAUAUAAUUUGCGAUCUGCUUGACCAGCGUCUUCCACCUCAUGGUGAAACUUGAGUUGCACCGAAUGAUUUCUACCUCAUGCACAAAUUCUUGUUUUUACUAUGACCAGAGAAAGUGAAAUAGUCCUUAAUAUUAAAAGAGACACGAGCCACUAAUAAUAAAAACUCAGGCCUAUCUGGGUCCCCCUGUAGCUCAGUUGGUAGAGCAUGGCGCUUGCAACCUCAGGGUUGUGGGUUUGUUUCCCACGGGGGGGCCAGUAUGAAAAUGUAUGCUCUCACUAACUGUAAUUCGCUCUGGAUAAGAGCGUCUGCUAAAUGACUUAAAUGUAAAUGUAUCUGUACACCACUCAUUGCAGAUACAGUGCUGGUUGUAGAGUGAGUCAAAGUAGGGAGAAGCGCGUUUCUUGGUUUAUAAAAGUGUUCAAUAAAAACACAUUUGAAAGUGUUGAAUAAAAACUUGAACACAAACUCACUCAUUAAAACAGCAGCCCUUUUCUGUAUUCUUUGACAAUCGCUCUCUAGUCAUGGUUUUGAAAAUCUCACCGUAGCCUAACAUGCAGUAUCAACUUUGUGGAAGCUGCUGCAGACACACGGUGAUCUGAGCUAUUCGAUUGGCCAGCACUAGGCAAAUGGGUGCACUUGAUUUAGCUCUCCAGGUCCGCCAGGUAGACAAUUUGUAUCUUCUGAAAUGGUUCAAAAUGGGACAAUUUCGCCAACCCGGCAUGCAGGGCAGCUGAAUCAAGUGCACCUAUCAUAUAAUUGCUGAAUAGUCUACUAAACAUACAUUGCAUUCGGAAGGUAUUCAGACCCCUUGACUUUUUCCACAUUUUGUUACGUUACAGCUUUAUUCUAAAAUUGAUUAAAUUAAUUAUUUUCCUCAUCAAUCUACACACAAUAAUAAUGACAAAGCGAAAACAGGUUUUUAGAAAUGUUUGCACGUUUAUUAAAAAUAAAAAACAGAUAUAACUUAUUUACAUAAGUAUUCAGACCCUUUGCUAUGAGACUCGAAAUUGAGCUCAGGUGCAUCCUGUUUCCAUUGAUCAUCCUUGAGAUGUUUCUACAACUUGAUUGGAGUCCACAUGUGGUAAAUUCAAUUGAUUGGACAUGAUUUGGAAAGGCUCACACCUGUCUAUAUAAGGUCCCACAGUUGACAUUGUAUGUCAGAGCAAAAACCAAGCAAUGAGGUCGAAGGAAUUGUCCAUAGAGCUCUGAGACAGGAUUGUGUUGAGGCACAGAUCUGGGAAAGGGUACCAAAAAAUGUCUGCAGCAUUGAAGGUCUGCACCAUUCUUAAAUGGAAGAAGUUUAGAACCACCAAGACUCUUCCUAGAGCUGGCCGCCCGGCCAAACUGAGCAAUCGGGGGAGAAGGGUCUUGGUCAGGGAGGUGACCAAGAACCCGAUGGUCACUCUGACAGAGCUCCAGAGUUCCUCUGUGGAGAUGGGAGAACCUUCCAGAAGGACAACCAUCUCUGCAGCACUCCACCAAUCAGGCCUUUAUGGUAGAGUGGGCAGACGGAAGCCACUCCACAGUAAAAGGCACAUGACAGCCCAUUAGAAACAAGAUUCUCUGGUCUGAUGAAGCCAAGAUUGAACUCUUUGGCCUGAAUGCCAAGCGUCACGUCUGGAGGAAACCAGGUACUGCUCAUCACCUGGCCAAUACCAUUCCUACGGUGAAGCAUGGUGGUGGCAGCAUCAUGCUGUGGGGAUGUUUUUCAGCGGCAGGGACUGGGAGACCAGUCAGGAUCGAGGGAAAUAUGAACGGAGCAAAGUACAGAGAGAUCCUUGAUGAAAACCUGCUCAGGACCUCAGACUGGGGCGAAGGUUCACCUUCCAACAGGACAAUGACCCUAAGCACACAGCCAAGACAACACAGGAGUGGCUUCGGAACAAGUCUCUCAAUGUCCUUGAGUGGCUCAGCCAGAGCCCGGAAUUGAACCCGAUCGAACAUCUCUGGAGAGACCUGGAAAUAGCUGUGCAGCGACGCUCCCCAUCCAACCUGACAGAGCUUGAGAGGAUCUGCAGAGAAGAAUGGGAGAAACUCUCCAAAUACAGGUGUGCCAAGCUUGUAGCGUCAUACCCAAGAAGACUCAAGGCUGUAAUCGCUGCCAAAGGUGCUUCAACAAAGUACUGAGUAAAGGGUCUGGAUACUUACAGUAUGUAAAUGUAAUAUUUCCGUUUUUUUUUUUUAUACGUUUGCAAAAAUGCAUAAAAACAUGUUAUGGGGUAUUGUGUGUAGAUUGAUGAGAAACAAACACAAUUUAAUCCAUUUUAGAAUAACGCUGUAACGUAAUAAAAUGUGGAACAAGUCAAAGGGUCUGAAUACUUUCGAAUACACUGUAUAUUUAAAAAGACAUACAAAAAGGUAUGUCGUGGCGUCCCCUCUGACUGGGUCUCCUCUGCCCAGUGCAUCACGUUGCGACACUGCUUCAGGCCCACAGCAGCCUCCCCCAUCUCCAAGCUCCAUACAGGGGGGGGGGGGGGGCACCCAGCACAUUAGUAGGGUUUAAUGAAUUUAGAGCGAAUCCAAACAAACUCCUCUGACAUUUAGGAAUAUGCAAACAUUCACGCACAUGUGCACAUGUGUACACACAUACACACACAAACACACACACACACCACACACACCACACACACAACACACCACACACACCCACACACACACACCACCAACACACACACCACACACACACCACACACACACACACACACACACCACACAACCACACACACACUUUGUAACUCGUACGAACGGCUGGUCGAUUGCUAGCUAAACCCAUUUACUGUACUGUCCUCAUGACCUAAUAUGUUCUGCAUCAGACAAUCAAUGUAUGGUAUGCUAUGUGUGUGGAUUGUUUCCACGAAUGACCCUCAGAAAAUGGAGGACCCUGUGAAGUCUCCGUCACUCAAGGGGAGGGUAUCUGAACAUCGCACACCUCUUCGCGAAACAUACUGAAAACAACCACCCCACCCAAUCUCUGACCACACCCUAAACACAACACGAGGAGGGAAAGAGAGAGGAAAGGCCAAAAACGCCUCCCCCGCAUACGACGGUAGACGAAGAAGAGGAGGGAGGAGCGGAGACCACCAGGACACGAGGAAGGGGCAACAGAAGACAAGAGGACGAGACACGGAAGGGCCGACACGGGACGAGAGAGACGGGAGAGACAAAGAAGAGACGACACGGCCACGAAUACAUGA